AUGAGCAGUGAUGAAUUUACAGAAUUCCUCAAUGCUCGUGAAGAACAAGCCUGGACAAGUCUUAAAGCAGUAGUUAAUGGUUUUCUUGAUAACAACAGAGCUGACAAUUUUAAAGAGUCGGUUGGAAUUAUGCUUGAAAUUUUUAAAAUUAUGGGCUGCAGAAUGUCUCAUAAACUUCAUAUGCUACAUUCUCUCCUGGAUCAAUUUAAAAACAAUAUGGAUGCCUACUUAGAGAAGCAAGAAGAACGUUUUUACCAAGAUGUGAUGUACUUUGAACAACGUUACCAAGAGCAGUACAACGAGAAUAUGACGGAAGAUUACAUUUGGGGUUUAAUGCGAGAAAGUCCAUACAAACAUAAGAGAACUUCUAAAAAUUGUCAUUUCUGAACUUGAUUUUUGUUAUUUUACAUUUAUAUGCUAUUGUUUAUCACAAUUCUUGAAUUAAAAAGACUUUGAUGUUCGGC